GCCAUUGGCUUCGAGAUUUUAUUUCCAGUCGGUGGUUCAAUCCCUUACAUUUUCCAAUACUCGGAAAUACACCAUCGACGGAACGCCCAGGGCUUCUCACUGUUCGUUUGCCUGGCGUUAUGCAUUGCGAACAUCCUCAGGAUAUUGUUCUGGUUUGGCAAACGAUUCGACCUUGCGUUGUUAGCGCAAAGUGUAGUGAUGUUCAUUUGCAUGAUCUUAAUGUUGGAGAUCGCCGUCCGAAUGAACAAGAAGCACACACCAAAAUCUCAACAGAAGUCAUUAUUGAGUGGGUUGUUUUUACUUGAGAAAUCGAUAAUAAUUGCUGAAAUCAUGGAU